AUGAAGCUUAAAGAGUUCAAUGCUAAGGUGAAAUCACUUCCAUUCUAUGUCACUUUUGAAGAAGCUUGGGAUAAACAUGGUCUAGUGGAGUUCUUUUUCACAACUAGUGAAAACAAAGAAGAGAUACACCAACUUUUCAGGAAGGCUCGAUUUCCCCAUUGCCCCUCAUGGAGUCAAUCAACCACCAUCACCACCAUCAUCACCACCGUGCCUACCUUCAAGACCCUCUACAAGAUUGAAGACCCAGGUCAAUUCUCUAUUCCCUGUCAAGUAAAUGGUCAUUACUUUGAUAGAACACUAUGCGAUUCUGGCUCUUGCAUAAACCUCAUGCCAACCCAAACCGCCAAACUCCUUGGCAUCACACGCUUGCAACCUGCUCAAAUUAGUAUUGGACUUGCUAACCAUACUAUAGCCAAGCCAAGAGGAGUUGUUGUUGAUGUUCUUCUAGAGAUUGGAGAUAUCAAGAUCCCGGUGGACUUUCAUGUCAUAAACAUUCAAGGAGGAUGUGACACACCAUUGAUACUAGGCCGACCCUUUUUGGCCACUGCUGGAGCUGUCAUGGACCUUCCAAACCGGCGAAUGUCCUUAGCCAAUGUGACAAGACAGUCUUUUACAAGACCAUACCAUUCAUCUCACCAAACAAGCUGUCUUACCUCAUCACUGCCCAAGGCCGCCCAAGAGAGCCACCAGACCACACUCAAGGAAUCUAAGAACCACACAAUGGUAAAGAAGAUAUACCACAAGAAGAAUGUUCAUAGUUGGCGCGACUUAGAUGGCCGAGCAGAACCUCUCCACGCUCGCCCAUGUCCUCUCAAGCCGCCCAACACACCAUCCCAUCUCAUUCCAUCUGCAUCUCACCCAUCCCACCUCACCACACUUGCAUUCCAUCACUACCAUCAUUCCACUGCAUUCACCAUUCUUCAAAAAAGGAGUUAUAGCCAAAAGAGUGAAGACUGCUCCAGACGGCCUAUCGAGAAUCAGCGCCCGAACGCAUGUUCCGCGCUCGGCCAAAACCGUAUCCGUCCGACUGAAGUCUCGGCCAAAGUUCCAAACCGACCGGCCGAUCACGCACACGACCCGGGAAACAUUGUCCCGCGGUCGGCCAAGCCAACGUUUCACGCCACGCCGCGCACGACCAGCCGCGCGAGCCGGGAAACAAGCCUCGCGGCCGCGCAACCUUCGCGUACCACGGCCGAUGCAUCCGUCCGAGCCGGGAAGAACGUCCCACGUCCGGCCGAGAAACCAUCGGCCAAAUCUUCAUCCGUCCGACCACGCCGGCCGACCAUGAAACAUCCGGCCACGACCGUUCCGACUCGGCCAAGACCCGACUGUCCGGCCGAUCGUCCCGACCGACCGUCCGAACGCCGCGGUCGACCCGAAGCCGUUUUUGAAGCCCAAUCCGCACAAUUCAAGCCCAAAGCCGGCGCCGACCUAGCUAGAUUAGGUUUAGCCGCCUUUUAUACUUAG